CUCCCUCGGGGACUCUCUAUAAAGCUCGGACGGUUGCGAAAGAGGGUUUUCAGGGCGAAAAAGAAAGAAACAAGCCGUGGAAGAGGCGCAGGCGGAGCGAAGAGAGAUGGAUCGGUACCAGAGGGUGGAGAAGCCACGGGACGAGACGCUGACCAAGGAGAAUGAGAUCCGUGUUACAAGUCAAGGGAGAAUGCGCAGCUACAUCACAUAUGCCACCAGCCUACUUCAGGAGAAAGAUUCAAUUGAAAUUGUCUUCAAGGCAAUGGGAAGAGCUAUCAACAAAACCGUCAUGAUUGUGGAACUGAUAAAGAGAAGGAUCGUUGGUCUCCAUCAAAACACUGCUAUUGGAUCUAUCGACAUAACUGAUACAUGGGAACCAUUAGAGGAAGGCCUACUUCCGCUUGAGACCACUAGGCAUGUGUCUAUGGUCACGAUAACUUUGUCCAAGAAGGAGCUUGAUACAUCCUCUGUUGGGUAUCAACCUCCUUUACCCGCAGAUCAGGUGAAACCAUUACCUGAAUUUGACUAUGAAGGAGAGGGCUUACCUCCUGGUCGAGGUAGAGGCCGCAGUGGUCGUGGCAGAGGGAGGGCUCGUGGUAAUGGCACUGUGGACUACGGUGAUGGAGGCUGGGAUAAUAGAGGUCGUGGAUAUAGUAGAGGUGGAUAUCCCCGUGGCAGGGGCCGUGGUUUCCGGGGCCAUGGUAGAGGAGGCGGGUAUGGUGGCCGACCUGAUUAUCAGCAAGAAAUGGGUGGUUAUUACAGUGUGGAACCUGUUCCCAUCCAGGGCCGAGGUCGCGGUCGUGGGAGGGGACAAACCCGAGGAAGGGGACGUGAUUCUAGAUCAAAUGGACCGAUCCAUGCAGAUAUUAGUGGGGUGUAACUGAAUCACAGUUCAAGCAAAAUUUCUUGUCUGACUUGUUGGAUGCCUGCUCCUUUAUAAAGGCUUGUCAUUUGUCCUUUCGUUAUAGAUUAACGAUAGUUUGUGUAGGCUGUCGUGCCAUGUUCUGGCAGUGGUGUCUCUAUGAUCAUGUAGGCUUAGUAGCUGUUCCAUUUUUCAUUCUUAUUAGAUUGAACUAAUUGUAGGAUUCAAUAAUUAGAGCAGUACAUUCUUUUAUUUUUCCAAGCUGGCUUGAUAAAAUAUACCAGUGUUAUCAAUCUCUUACUAAUGAUUUUCCCAGACGUUGGCUGUCUGUCUAAGUGUGUUUUUCUCUUCAUAAAAAAAUAUUAUCAAAAUGACCAUUUUGUUUUUUUGCA